AACGACCUCUAGUCUGACGUCAGUUUGAAUCGUAAUUAUGAAAUCUGUGCAUGAUUUUAAAACCAAUUUAAUUCUUUCGAAAAAAUGAAAUUAACAAUCAAUAAAAAGGUUGGAUUUAUUUAAAAAUAACAAUCAACUAAACAAAUCUGAAUUCUAAAUCAACUAAACAAAUCUGAACGUCCAAAACGUUAUUCAUUUCUACAUUUCGAUUAGUGCGUAUUGCAUGUAUGUGUUUGGCGUUUGGAAUGAUUCACGUUGUUCUGAGUGUGUGCCUGUGCAUCGCAGUCAAACGAUAAAGGGAAUAUAUAUGACGAGAAAAAAAAACAGACAGAGCACAAAAGUGUACGAACACUGAAAUACACAGCAGUAAAGAUUUUGAUGUAAUAGACACAUAGCAGCAGCAGCAGCAGCAACAAGAAGUUGAGAAAUUAAAAGAAUAAGUGAAAUAACAUUUUAUUAUUGCCGGCAUCCAAAGUGAGAGAGACACACCAUAGAGAGAAAUAGCAUCUAUGAGAAGAGUGACAUUUGUGUCAAUUUUCGCGAAUUCACACAUUUAGCCGAGCAGAAUCCAAUUGGACCGCAGAAAAUCUUCAGCCAACAUUUAAUCGAAGGUCGCAUUCCAUAAUUCAGCUCGAAAAUUCAGAUCAUUUCGAUAAGGGGUGAUAAAAUUUUAGUGAUAGAUUUUGGUUUUUUCUUUUCUCUCUGUGUUGUGGUUUUAAAUUUUUUUUUAUUUGAUUGUGAGAUGGUGCAUACGAAAAGCGUCACUUCAGUGGAAAAAAAAUGUUUGAAAUGACUAUUUAGAUUUGAUGCGAAAACGAAAACGUGAAACAUAAAUACGAUAGGGUUCGUACAGUUCGUAAUUAAAUCGAAACGAUCAAAGUCGAUCAUCACAUUUGUUUAUAAGAAUCAACAAAAUUAAAACGAAACAUGUCAGCAUAUCGACGAAUAAAUCGUGGUUCACGGUCACUGCAACCAACAUUUGGUAAUUGUAGUACCACAGAGACAACUAGUUCAAAUUCAACAGCAUCAAAUAGUACCUCAAAUCCAAAUGACAGUUUGAAUAAUAUCAACAAGUCAUUGGUACAGUAUGACAGCAAUAGUAGUACGGAUUCGUUGGCCAAAUCAGGUCAACAACAGGCUGCUGCUAUCAAAUAUGAUGAAUUGCAAACGAGUAAAUUUGAACAUGAACUAUCAAAUGGCAACGGAUUCACCAGUUAUCCGAUGCAACCGAAACACAUACGAUUCCCCGACGUGCCGUACAGCUCCGAAUUAGUCAAUGAAUUGAUGAUCUUUCUUUACACCAUGAUUGCAACGGCCAUGCAAUUUUUACAUCUCUACCGAACCGUUUGGUGGCUACCCGAAUCAAAUACCAGUCAAACGAUGAAUUUCUACCUGAUUGAUGAACACUUGACAAUGUUUAUUGUGAUAUUAUUAGGACGACGAUUUAUGUACUGCUUUUUAUUAGGAAUUUUGGAAAUGAUAUGUCCGAAGCAAGUGUAUCACAUUGCACUGAAAUUCAUACGGCUCACAUUUUUCAUUGGAAUUUUGUCCGUGCUGGGAUAUUUGUGUUUUGAAAUGUUUCCAAAGCAGCGGUAUAUCGUAAUUUAUUUAUGCUAUCCGAUGAUUGUCUAUGUCAUAACAUUUGGUAUGCAAAUCGAACCAUUUCUACGGACCAUCUUCGAAACGGAAUCGUCAACGUACUUCAAUGGCAUCCCGUCACAUUCGUGUUCAACAAAUCCAACGGUGAUACGCGCAGAAAUCGAUAUACUGCGCACUGACUAUAAUAAUCGUUUCAAACAAGUCGUGUUUACAUCGCUAUUGAAUGCCUACUAUGCGGCAUUCAUUCCGUGCUGUUUUGCUCAAAGUUUUUUAUACUACGAUCUGUAUUGGGCGACACAGCAUUUGGGCUUUUUGGUGCUGGGCGGGUUAACAAUGUGCGCGAUGUGCUGUUUUCCAGCCAAUUACUGUGAUGUUAUGCACAUGGCGUCAUUGCAUCUGGGCAAAUGGUCACGAGUUGAAUCACGGCCAUAUUCACCGCCAGCGGUGGCAUGGUCGAAACUAGUCGUGUGGCCACCUGGCCAGUAUAUCAAACAUUCAGGGGAACUGUUCAAAUCGUACGGUGUCAUUACAACUGCAAUCCCCGGCAACGGUGUUCAUAUACGGUUUUAUAUGUUCUUCCAAAAUCCGUCUAACAUUUAUCUCAUUUUAUCCAUAAUUCAAUCGGUGAUCGUAAUACUUCAAGUUGUCAUAUUGUUUAUGGUUGUUGAAUGGCACAAUAUCAUCUCGUUAAGCUAUUUAGUGCUGGCAAAUUAUCAUACGCUAUUUAAAAUAGUGCGGGAUUUCUUUGUGACACAUCGCAUGUAUUCUUCAUCAAAAAUGCAUCGAUCCUGAGCCGACGACGACGACUCCAUCAUUAUUAUCAUCACCAAUUGGAUGGGGUUUUCUCGCUUUCGUCGUUAAUUCAACCGAUCGCCUCAAAAUCUACAUUUUUUUUGAUUUCGUUUCGAAUACAAUAAAUUAAACAAUAAAUGAAGAACUGAUCUAGAUGUUAAACACAUUCAAAACAGCACACAAACACACACACAUACACACAUCUCACAAAAUCACACAUGCCAAAUGAAUCUAAACGUAUGCUUGCACAUAAAACACAUACAUCUUACAAAUCUGUUGUUUUUUAUGUACUCAAAUGGAUGAAAAUCACUUAACCAACAACAAAACAAUUUUUUUGUCGCUUAUUUUAUUAGUUUUAUUUAAACUUCUUACUUUCUUCUUCUUCUCUUCGUUUCACUUUCUCUCACUCGGUACUAAGAAUUCGUGAAUGUUUAAAGAGUUUCUUGUUGGCUAUUGGUCAAAACCAAAAAUCUUUUAUUUAAAAUAAAAAUUUGCAAAUGAAAACAAA